CCAUAAGGGGGGCAGAACAUACCAAACACCUUUAUCUGGCCACAGCUCACUUUGGUUCUUCCUAACCCUCUGGAGGAGGCAGGGCCUAUUUUUCUGAUGAGAAAACUAAGGCCUAGAGAUAUGGAGACCUGCGGAAGAUCCCACACUUCACAGGAAAACCGGAGACUUUCUACAGUAGAUUCCGGGGCACCGCGCCGAAGAAAUCCCGCCUUUCACCAACCCCAGAACUGGGCACGGCGUGGAUUUGCUCCCUGACCCUCCUAGAAUUGGACGAAAAGGAGGUGGGGUCAGCAGGAGCUUGGCGGAGCGGGCUCGCUCCUGGCACGUGGCAGAGCUCAGCCAAUUGGCGCGGGGCGUCGGUAGCCACGGUAACAGGUUGCUCUGGCUGUCCGAGCUGAGCGCCUUUCGCACGACUUGGAGUUACUGUUUAUCUGAUACCCAGGCACCCCUACGCAAGCAAGCCCACAUCUACACACAUUCACAUACGCCCUUCAGCACCUCCUCCCAGCACCACGACCAUGGACGACGACUAUGAAGCGUACCACAGUCUGUUCUUGUCGCUGCUGGGACUCUGCCCAUCUAAGACUUCCAUCAAUGAAAAUGCCACCGUCUUUGAUCCUGAACUGGUCAUUGCCCACUGCUUCAAGCAGUUCAAGCAGAAGGACUUCCGCCUGCCUCAGACCCGCCGGCGAAUCAUCAUGGUGCCUAGCAAGGAAGAUCAGACGCCCAUUAAUCCUGCAUCCCCACCUCAGGCUCCCCCAAAGCCCAUCCCCAGCUUCAAAGCUCUGGAAGCUAAAGAUAUCCAAGAGCAGCCAGAGGACAGGAAGACCUGGCUGAGCCGGAGGGCGAAGCUGCGGCAGGAGCUGGAGUCCUUUGGUGAUGUAAAGAGGUGGCUGGAGAACAAGCCCAGCAUCACGCCUUCAGAGGCCAAGGUCUUACACAUGAUCCACGAGGAGAAGAGUGCCCAGCCAAAUGCCUCCCAGGCAACUACCAGGACCACCAGGAAAAAAGCCCCCCGGCUCUCCCGCCAGAUGGUGCCCCAGCUCCAGCUGCCCAAGCCCUCUGCCCUGUCAGUCAUGUACUCCUACCUGCAUAGCCGCAAGAUCAAGAUCCUGGAGAUAUUUCACAAGGUGGGCCAGGGUGAGAACCAGAGAAUCACCAGGGAGAAGUUCAUCACGGCUGUAAAGGCAGUUGGAGUCCCUCUGAAGAACCAGGAGGUGGAGGAUAUAGUGAUCUACCUCAGCUCUCUUGGGAAGCACAACACCAUCACCAUGGACAUCCUGGCGAAUACCUACAAGCAGUGGUCUAUGGCUCAGCAAAGGAGCAGCCUGGCCACUGCAAGGAAGCGUUAUAUCUUGGUUAAGCACAGAGAUUCCCUGAAGGGUCUGCUCAAGAAGCAGGAGGUGGAUUCAGCCCCACAGCUUCCCAAAGUGGACCUGCUGACGGUGCCUGCAGUCGACACACAGAUGGAGGCGCGGCCCAUGACCCUGGAGGAGAUGGAGGAAGUGGGCAAGCGGUACCGCGAGCGGCAGCGACAGCACAAGCUCGUGAUCCCCUCUAUCCAGUACACGGAGCAGUGCCGCCUGGUGCGCUGUGGGAAUCGGCACUUUGAUGAGCACUGCCUGCCGUCCACCGUCCACGGGGAUAUGAGGGAGCUCAUUGACUCGACCCGCAGGCACAACUUUCUCGUCUACCUGCAAUGCUGGAAGCUCUGUGAGUCCUAUGGCCUCCUGCUGACGGAGGACAUCCUCAUGAAAGCCUUGCUGUACCCAGGAGACAAGAUCAUUUUCCAGAUGGACAAAGUGCGCCCCAUCCGGCAGCCAGGAGGCUACUACUCUGACUGGAAGGUCUUUUCUCCGAAUCUGGCUCUGCUCCGGUCCCAGGGCCCCAGCAAGUCUAAGAGGACUGACAAGCUGAGUUUCGGACCCUCUUUCUCCCUGCCUUGGCCUCCUGCCCCAUUGCUCUCCUUUCAGUGCAGGGGCUGGAGGCUGGCAUACCUGGGACGCCAUGUUGUGCUUAUGUCUGCAUCCUAGGGCAGCAUCCCCCAACCUGACUGCUCACUGCAGACUGACCAGUCCCGGGUCACCCUUGGCGUGUGUCUCAGGAUCACGGCCUGCUGGCCUCAGCUCCCAUACAGCUACCCUCCUGACCCCAGUCCUGCACAAUCGCAAGGUUUCUGGAAAAGAUGAAAAAGAGAGCCUUCUUAGAGAACAUGGCUGGAAUGAGGGGCUUCACAAAUCCCCAGCCAGGUGUCAGGGCCCUGCAGAGAACAGGGGGCCGCCCUUUCUCUGCCCUGCCCCCUUGCAGUGGACACACCCCUUCUCUGGCAAGAGGUGGGCUUGCAGCUCCUAGGAGGAGAAAGGAACUUUUCCCUGGGACCUGCUCCCAGCCCUUUCGAGAGACCAACCUGAGUCUUCUUCAAGAAAACGGCCUCCUUUGGCACUCCAAAGCCUGAGCUACCCAGAUUUGAGUCAAGCAGCAGGUGACAGCCCAUGGGCAGCAUCAAUGGGUGACUGCAGAUGAAUAAGGCAGCAUCCCCACAGAGGGAGGGGCGCAGCAUGGGCGGAGGAGAGCCCAGCUGGCCGGACACCAUGAGGUGGGAGGGGCCUGGACCUGCCCCUGCCCCUAGACCCCUGCCAGCUGCCCACUGGGUGUGUGGCCAGAAUGCCUGCAGUGGGACACAGCGGGGCCUUAUAGAGAUCAGACAGGCCUCCGGUUAAAUGGACAAGGAAACCGCCAAAGAAAAGCAAGAAAAUGCACUUUAAGGAGUUUGAGGAAUUUACCAGGAAGCUGAAGGAGAGGAGGUCCAGUGGUCUGCAGCAAACGCACCCCAAUUCCUUCUGGCCGGGUCACCUUCUGGAUAAGCUGCAGCUCUACCUGCCCACUGUGGCCACAGACCGGAGCCUGGCGCUCUUCAGUUGUGUUCAACACCAGCCCCAUGUCUAUCCAGCCACCUACCACCCUGACCACUGGUGGCCCCUUAGGAACAAGAACUACAUGACCUGCGCCUAUUAUGAUGCCGCCAAAGUGUACUACAUCAACUAGAGCGGGCCAGGUGUUGCCGGACCCAGCCUUCCUGGGCCAGGAGCUGGUGCAGCCAGCAGCCCAGAGCCCAGACACAAGAGGAGUGUCAAAGAGUCAGACUAAAGAAAUCCUUUCAAAGACGGAUGGCCGGGCCCCAGUUCCCUCUAGACUCCAAGUGCCCAGUGUCUCAGAGGGUAGAUGUGUCUAAGGAAGGACGUACAUUUUUUGACUAUUUCCCUCCCCUGACCUCUGCCCUUUCUAAAUAAAGCAGGUUGGAGUUUUUCUCAUGUCA